GAAAUUAGAAGAAAUGCUUUCAUAAUCUGUACAGUCGCGCUUGUGUAGUGUAGUUUAUUUUCGCGCAAACCGAAGCUUUCUUUUAUACAUUUUCGAAACUGCGAUCUCAGGUGUUUUAAGAAAAAUACCUUGGGCGGUGAUAAUUGAUAAUGAAUUUAUCGUUUGCGGGUUGCGGAUUUUUGGGCAUUUAUCAUGUAGGAGUUGCCGUUUGUUUUCGAAAAUACGCUCCGCAUUUAUUGCUAAAUAAAAUUUCUGGUGCCUCAGCGGGAGCGAUUGCUGCUUGUUGCUUGUUAUGCGAUUUACCUUUAGGUGACAUAACAAGUGACGUAUUAAGAGUCGCUUUAGAUGCCCGAAGCAGAUCCUUAGGACCUUUCAGUCCAUCAUUCAAAAUUCAGACACUUCUGUUAGAGGGAUUGGAGAAAUAUCUACCGGAAGACGCACAUGUGAGAGUAAGUGGCAAGCUACACAUCUCCCUUACAAGAGUGUACGAUGGCAAGAACGUAAUCGUUUCCCAAUUCGAAAGUAAAGAAGAUCUACUUCAGGCUCUUUUAGCUUCAGCUUUUGUACCGAUUUUUUCGGGAAUACUGCCUCCGAAAUUUCGCGGCGUGCGAUGUAUGGACGGGGGAUUUAGUGAUAAUUUGCCAGCCAUCGAUGAGAAUACAAUAACUGUUAGUCCAUUUUGCGGGGAGUCCGAUAUAUGCCCUCGAGAUGAUAGCUCCCAACUGUUUCACAUUAACGUGGCAAAUACGAGUAUAGAGCUAUCACGACAUAACAUUUAUCGAAUGACUAGAAUUUUGUUUCCUCCGAAACCGGAGGUUUUGUCGAAUAUGUGCAAGCAAGGUUUCGAUGACGCUCUUCGUUUUUUGCACAGAAACAACCUGAUUGGUUGUACUCGCUGUUUGGCCGUGCAGUCGACGUUUAUUGUCUCCGAAACAAUCGAGGAAUGUUUAGAAUAUGAUCCGGAAUGCAGUGAAUGUAAACUUCAUCAGGAGGAAGCUUUAGUUUCAAAUAUGCCAGAUACAGUCAUGACCGUAUUUCAAGAAGCUAUUGAUUCUGCGAACAAGGGUCUCAUUAAUUGGCUAUUCAAACAUAGAGGAAUGAAACUUUUAUCAAUUCUCAGUCUUCCUUACGUAUUGCCUGCGGAUAUAAUGUAUGCGACAUUUACAAAAUUAAUGUCUUCGACUCCACGUAUGGGCAAUACAUUGUGGGAACUCAGCAAGUUCUUCAUGGAUCAAUUAUCUCUGCUGCUUCAUAAAGUAAAUGUACGUCAACAGUUAAAUGCUAAAAUUAGUUGCCAGUUGGCGAUAUCUGAAUAUGGAGGCAAUGCUUAUAAUAUGGAAUCUGUGGACCAUGAAAUUAAAAAUAGAAUGAACAUGAAUUUUACAGUUAAUUUGAAUGAAACGGAGCACACUCAUAACAGGAAGUAUAAAACAAUUACUGCCAUUCCGAUGCAGUCGAAUUUAACGGUCAACAGUUCGGACAUAGGAGACGACACUUUUGAGCAAAUCCUUGAAAUUACAUCUCAUCACGAAGCCAUAAUGGCGUUUUAUUACAUGGACGAAAAUAACAAAGUAAAAGUGACGGAAAUAUUUGAUGUAACAGACAGUGAUACCGUUGCUGUGCUUACUCCGCAAGAAAUCAAAGUCAACAAAAAGCUAGAAUUGGAUGAUGAGUGGAAUGAUUCCGCUUGGUCAGCCACAAAUGUGUUUCGACCACACCAGUUGCAUCCCGAUGAAAUGUCCGAAUAUUCAGUCGAUGAUAACUCUGCCAUUUUUUCUGAUCCAGAAAGUGAAUGGACAGGCGCAUUCAAACUGGAAGAACAAGACGAUGACUUGUUACAAUAUCCGACAGAUGCUAGGCCCGAAUCGGAUCAACUUGAUGUUUACUGUGAUGAAGUGCACAGAAAAGGGUUAGUCCUCGAAGUGUAAGUGAGAAGCGUGUUCUUUAGAUAAAUUGUACAAAUCAUGCUAAAUUUAAAAUGAAAGGCUGUUAGUGAAUUUCCAAAAAUGCACAAUUAUGGUGCGAUAGUUUAUUAUAUUUAUUAAUACGAGUUCGUAUAUUUUGUGAUAUUUAUUAUAAAUUCUAUUUUUAUACCAUUUACAUGUUAUUGCUCGGUUAAUUUAGUAUUAUAAUGUUAAUUUUGUAUGUUUAUGACAAUACAUUUAAUAAAAACUUUCAUAUUUGUGAAUGUGUUACAGA